UUAACAGGUGAUUGGCCCGGGGAGAGGAGGACUCAGCGAAGGAGACUCGGAGGGCAGUGGUCUGUUUCUCAGUUUCUCUCACUAGCCAAAAUGAUGGCUCUACAUUUGAGGCCCUUGAGUAGGGGACUGGCUACUGCGGCCAAGGAGGCGCAUGGAGGAUCAGGGGCGAAAACCUGGCGUCUGCUGACCUUCGGGCUUGCUCUCCCAGCCGUGGCCGUUUGCACCCUCAACUCCUGGCUCCACGCCGGUCACCGCGAACCGCCUGAGUUCAUUCCCUAUCACCACCUCCGCAUCCGUACCAAGCCUUAUUCCUGGGGUGACGGCAACCACACCUUGUUCCACAAUCCCCACAUGAACCCUCUGCCCACGGGCUAUGAACACCCCUGAGCCCGGGCGCCCUUGAACCUUAAUAAAAACUGGCCAACCGUGGCCCCCAGUGAGAA